UAUCGUUUAUAGCUUAUCUCAUUGUUCUUUUCGGUGGCCGUAUAAAGCGUUGUACAUGUGACGUCUCCUAUUCGCUCGUAUUUCGUAUUUUUUUUUCGUACUUUUUUACGCGAUUUUUUUUCCGAAAGAGAAUUCAUUUUGAUUCAACUUUUUUCUGCGGCGCUCGACGAAAAGCAAUUUUUCAAAUGUUACAUUCGUUUAAAAAUGAACGUAUUUUUAGAAAUUUUAAAUUCAAGUAAUUCGUAAGAUUUAUCAUGGCGUGGUGUUUUUCGUUGAAAUUUGUUUCGAGUUGUGUUUAUUUUGUGAAUGUUUAUUUGUUAAUUUUCGUUUCCUUAUUUUACCACGUUUCCAGCUCUAAUGAUGUUCACGAUUACGAGUCCGGUAUUGCUAAUGUAUCGUGGACAGUUUUGGGCAGCCAGGCGACACUUCCUUGUAAUACGACCGCUCCUAAGAACGAUAGUGUCAAGAUAGUAUUAUGGUAUCAUCAGACCAAAACUGGACCAGUCUAUUCAUUCGAUCAUCGAAACGAGACGAAGCAUUGGUACGAUGUCCACAGCUUAGGUACUCAAGCAUCAUUUAGUUUUAAUGAAAACGGCGACAUAUCCAUUUUUACAUUGAAAUCGGUCAAGGAAUCGAAUCGAGGAUUAUACCGGUGUCGUGUUGAUUUUAAAGCGUCACCGACGAGGAAUUACAAUGUAAAUUUAACCGUCGUAGUUCCACCGAAUAAAUUAACUCUCAUCGAUGAUAAAAACAUGGAAAUACAGCAUAGUGUGAUCGGGCCGUAUCAAGAAGGAUCGACGGUGACUGUCGCCUGUAUUGCAACUGGAGGUUGGCCGGCCUCAAAAGUAACCUGGUGGAAAGAAAACGCGCUGCUGGACAGUACGACGGAGCAAUUGACCGACGGCGGAGUUAGGAGUGUACUGAAGUUGAAAAAAAUAACCAGAAGUCAUCUGAACGCGGUGUAUACCUGUCAGGCGCUCAACAAUAAUGUAUCUGCUCCCUUAUCGACGACCGUGACCAUAAAUAUGAUUUUGCAACCAUUAUGGGUGAAAUUACAAGGAAACAAUAAACCAAUGUCGGCUGGACGUGAAUACGAACUGGCUUGUCAAGUAUACGGAGCACAUCCGUCGCCGGUAAUUACCUGGUGGAAAGGAAAUACGAAAUUAAAAAAUUUAGAGAAAUCGGAUAGUAACAAUGGAAACUCAACCAUCAGUAGACUAAAUUUUAUACCAGAACCACAAGAUGAUGGGAAAAUGCUGAUAUGUCGAGCAGAAUCACCGAUACCAGCACCAACUCCGUAUCAAGACUCUUGGAAAUUAAAUGUAACUUAUAAACCAAACGCUUUUCUCGAACUUGGAAAGAAUCUGAAUAGCAGCGCCAUCAUGGAAGGCAUCGACGUGUAUUUCGAGUGCAAAAUAAAAUCCAAUUUACCAGUUGAAAAAGUGAUGUGGAAGUUGAAUGGUGUGAUUUUAAACAGUAGCCUGAUCGUUGGUCCAUUGAUUACAAAUCAAACCCUAGUUCUGCAAAGAGUUACCCGUCAACAUAGCGGAUUAUACAGCUGUGUUGCGACAAAUGCCGAAGGAAACGGAGAAAGCAACUCAUUCUACUUGGAUGUAAAAUAUGCGCCAAUUUGUUACCCUAUUCAAAGCGCCGAAUACGGAGUAGGUCGUGGAGAAGAAGUAAGCGUUACAUGUCAAGUGGAGGCUAAUCCUCCGAAUGUAGAAUUCGUGUGGAAAUUUAAUAAUACCGCGAGCAGUACCAAGUUAUUAAAGGAACAAAUUAGCACAGAUGGUACUCGCAGCACUGCCGUGUUCACUCCUGUUACCGAAUUCGAUUACGGUGUUUUGUCUUGCUGGGCUCAGAAUUCUUUAGGAUUUCAAAAAAAUCCGUGCACUUAUAAAAUCAUUCCUGCAGGUAAACCGGAUAGCCUGAGUAAUUGUACGUUGACCAAUCAAACGUCCAGUUCGUUAUCGAUAAAGUGUAGCAGCGGAUUCGACGGUGGUCUAAAACAGAGAUUUGUCUUAGAAAUAUACGAAGCUCAAAGCGUCAAAUUAGUAGCAAAUUUAAGCGCCGAAACAGCAGAUUUCGCAGCGACCGGGUUACAGUCGAGUUUAUCUUACGAUAUCGUAUUAUACGCGUUUAACUCGAAAGGACGAAGUCCGACGACCGAAUUCACAAAGUAUACUUUACAAAGGCCAAACGUUCAAUUAGGAUCGUCAUUUUUCAAAUCUCGACUGCCCUCGUUUUUAGAACUACGCCCACUGUUAGCCAUACUGUGCGGAUUUGCUGUAGUGUUUAUCUCUUUGGCCUGCUGUAUCGUCAUUGUUGUUAAAUCUCAGCACCGUAAAAGAAGAAAGAAACAUUUCUCAUAUAAAAGUAAAGAGAGCUUGGAAAAGAAUCCUGAUAUUAUUCCUAACAAGGAUGAUGGCUGUACCAUUGAAGGUGUUCAUUUCACCGCUGAAAAGGCUGAAAGUACGAGUAAAGAAGCGGAAAUAUCAUUAAUACUGCAGAAUUCUUUCGGUACCGAUAUGACCGAUUUCACACUGCAUCAAGAAGACUGUAAACAAAAAAUGUACAAAAAGAAAACUUCUAGUUUGAGGAAACUAAAUGAUAUUGAAAUCACGUACGCAGCUUGUGAUCAACCAUGCCCACCAUUUAUUACACAAGAAACGCCCUUGCUAACCGAUACAAAAAUUCCUUUCGUGGCCGAAGGGCAGAAUUCGGUUAGAUGUUGUAUACACGGCCUUUCUCGAUCUACCAGUAUUAGUAGAUUUUAGAUUUCACUUUUUUUUUUUUUUUGUUCCUAAAAUCGAGUUUGGAGAAGCGUUGAAGAUAUUUUUGGCCUCCGUGUGAUAAUAUUAUUGAAUCGUUGUAAAUUGAAGGAAUCGCUUCAGUUUCCUCGAGUAUUAUUUUCUUUUUUAUAUUUUCUUUUUUUUCGUCAUUGUCAAUGAAAUUUAUGUGGUAAAUUUUUAUAAGACUGUAUAUUUAGAAAUACUUGUUUAGAAGUUUUUUUUUUUGUAUCGUGUAUUACGUUUUACCAAACCUCCCAUUUCAUGUGUUUUGAAUUUGUUUAGAAUAUUUUUAAAUUCCCCAAUUUGUUCAUUUGUAUUAUAUCUUAUCGUCGUUUUUAUUGCAAAUGUUUUUCCCCUUUUUGUUAUUUGUAUUGAUCAUUUUUACCUAGAAUUAUAUACAUUUGUUUUUUUCUAU